AUGGUAGAAGGAGAGGCUGAAGUUGACUGCUCAAGCUCUGGCUCUGCCUUCUUUCACCCCAUCUGCUCUACCCCUACCCUAGCACUGCUGUCUGCCGUGAGGAUCAACGGGGAUGGCCAGGAGGUCCUGUACCUUGCGGAAGGUGAUAAUGUGAGACUGGGCUGUCCCUACAUCCUGGACCCUGAGGACUAUGGUCCCAAUGGGCUGGACAUUGAAUGGAUGCAGGUCAACUCAGACCCCUCGCAUAGGGAGAAUGUGUUCCUUAGUUACCAGGACAAAAGGAUCAACCAUGGCAACCUCCCCCAUCUGCAGCAGAGGGUUCGCUUUGCAGCCUCAGACCCCAGCCAGUAUGAUGCCUCCAUCAACCUCAUGAACUUGCAGGUAUCUGACACAGCAACUUAUGAGUGCCGGGUGAAGAAGACCACCAUGGCCAGCCGGAAGGUCAUUGUCACUGUCCAAGCUCGUCCUGCAGUACCCAUGUGCUGGGCUGAAGGCCACAUGUCAAAGGGCAACGAUGUGGUGCUGAAGUGCUUUGCCAACGGGGGCUCCCAACCCCUCUCCUACAAGUGGGCCAAGAUCAGUGGGCACACUCAUCCCUACCGAGCCGGGUCCUACCACUCCCAGCACAGCUUCCACUCUGAGCUCUCCUAUCAGGAGUCCUUCCACAGCUCCAUAAAUCAAGGCCUGAACAAUGGGGAUCUGGUGUUGAAAGGUGUCUCCAGAGAUGAUGAUGGAUUGUAUCAGUGCACAGUGGCCAACCACGUGGGCUACAGUGUUUGUGUGGUGGAGGUGAAGGUCUCAGACACCCGGCGUGUGGGAAUGAUCAUCGGGGCCGUGCUGGGCACUUUGCUCAUGCUGGCCUGCCUGGCGGUGGGCAUCUGGGGGCUCAUCUGCUGCUGUUGCGGAGGCUCCGGGGCUGGUGGCGCCCGCGGUGCCUUCGGCUACGGCAACGGCGGCGGGGUCGGCGGAGGGGCCUGCGGCGACUUGGCUAGUGAGAUCAGAGAGGACGCCGUAGCGCCAGGGUGCAAGGCCAGCGGGCGCGGCAACCGCGUCACCCACCUCCUGGGGUACCCGACGCAGAACGUCAGCCGCUCCCUGCGCCGCAAGUACGCGCCUCCACCCUGCGGCGGCCCAGAGGACGUGGCCCUAGCGCCCCGCACCGUCUCUGCUGCUUGCGAAGCAGGCCCUUCCCAGGUCUACGUCAAGGUCAAGAGCGCCGACCAGGCCGAAUGCGCUGAGGGGCCGCAGCUGGGCAAGGACGGCCUUUUAGUGUGAGCGCGCGCGCCUCGCGCCGAGUUGCUCCCCGGCCGGGAGGCGGGUGCGGGGCUCUCUGCCUGCAACUGGGGACACGUUCGGGCCGGCGCAGACCUCGCUCCCCUCAGACCGCCUGGCGACUAGGGAGCUGAGGAAUUUUCCUCGGGAAAAGAGUAGGACGGCAGAGCCUUCUCCCCCAAAGUGGGAGGAGGCGGGAAAGUUCGGAGGAACGCAGUCCAGAGCCCUUCCGCACCCCGGAGGCUCCAGAGCUUGGGGUACAGGGGUUGAGGGAGGGAGGAGCUGGCGGAGUGAGUAUCCGAGAGCCGAAGAGGCGCAGGUUGGGUGUUCCCAGCCAAAGCAGAGAGUCCCUGGACCCUGGGUGGGUGGGAGUCUGGACUGAAUUGUUUUUGUGUGAGAUCCUAGCUCUGAGGCAACAGUGUUAGCACAAUAAAGAAGCUUUAAGACUGA